AUUGUCUAUUGUAGGUCUAUGUAAUCUAUUGUCUAUGAUCUUACGUCAGUUGAAGCCGUACUAAAUGCCGUAAUAGGAAAAAUCUAAUUUCAAGUUUUCUCAUAUUUAUAGACGUAAUUCAUUGUAAAACUAAAACAAAUAGCACCCGAAGGCAAGAUAUGGCUGCACAGCUUUUCAAUCGUAUUGGUCAAGUGGGUUUAGGAGUAGCCCUUGUUGGUGGAGUUGUAAACUCAGCUUUAUAUAAUGUGGAUGGUGGUCACCGAGCAGUUAUAUUUGACAGAUUUGCUGGUGUCAAAAAUGUAGUUGUUGGUGAAGGAACCCACUUCUUUAUUCCAUGGGUUCAGAAACCAAUUCUAUUUGACAUCAGAUCCAGACCUCGUAAUGUACCUACAGUCACAGGAAGCAAAGAUCUCCAAAAUGUAAACAUCACACUGCGUAUCCUGUUCAGACCAGUGCCAGACCAACUGCCCAGAAUAUACACAAUCCUUGGUGUGGAUUAUGAUGAAAGAGUGCUGCCCUCUAUCACAUCUGAAGUGCUCAAAGCUGUGGUGGCACAGUUUGAUGCUGGAGAAUUAAUUACACAGAGAGAGAUUGUGUCACAAAAAGUAAACGAGAGCUUAACUGAAAGAGCAGGCCAAUUUGGAUUAAUAUUAGAUGACAUCUCAAUUACACAUUUAACUUUUGGCAAGGAAUUCACACAAGCCGUUGAAUUGAAACAAGUAGCACAACAGGAGGCAGAAAAGGCCAGAUUCCUGGUAGAAAAAGCAGAACAACAGAAAAAGGCUGCCAUCAUCACAGCUGAGGGUGAUGCACAGGCAGCUGUACUUCUGGCAAAAUCAUUUGGAACAGCUGGUGAAGGCCUGGUAGAGCUCAGACGUAUAGAAGCGGCAGAAGACAUUGCCUACCAAUUGUCAAAGUCCAGAAAUGUCACCUACCUUCCCCAAGGCCAAAAUGUACUCUUAAACCUUCCCACCCAAAACUAAUAUAUCCUAAGAUAAAAUAUUGUAAUUACUAAUGGUAGAUUUAAACUAUGGUUAAUAUUAUGCAUUUGGUGAAUGUUGCAUUUUGAAACUUUGUAUUGUUCCAACAAGAUUGUAGUCAUAUAUUAGCUUAUAUAUGCAAUAAAUUAUGCAUCGUUAAA